AUGUCGCACGCGGCGUCGACGAGCGGGCGGAGCGCGUGCGCGGGACGCGUCCGCGCCGAUGGCGUCCGUAGAAACACGUCGAAAUCCGCGGCGCGCGACGGGAACGCGACGGCGGCGCCGACGCGACGCGCGGCGCUCAUCUCGCUGCUGUCCUCUCGCGUCCUCGUCGAGACGCCGCCGUCCGCGCGCGCGAAGACGACCUUCGUGAAAGACCCGUCGUUCUACGCGGAGUGGUCGUACGCGCAGCCGUCGGACAUCAUCCCGUACGUGGAGGCGACCGCGCCGAGGGGCGACGCGCGCGCGGUCCUCGCCGCGAUGGACGUCUUCGGGGAGUACUAUCCCAUGUACAAGCUCGGGGACGAGAAGGGACGGAUACUCGCGACCAUCGUUCGCGACCGAUCGCCGUCGAAGGCGGUGGAGGUGGGGACGUUCUUGGGGUACAGCGCGAUAUGGACCGCGCUGAACCUGCCCCCUGGGGGAACCCUCACGUGCGUGGAGUUCGAGCCGAGGCACGUCGCGGUCGCGCGCGCGCUGACGACGUACGCGGGGGUGGGCGACGUGGUGACCAUCUUACAAGGCGCGGGCGCGGAGCGCGUCUCGGACGUGAAGAAAAUCAUCGGUCAGGACGACGUCGCGGACAUGGUGUUCUUCGAUCACUGCAAGGAGUGUUACCUCCCGGAUCUGCGGAGCUUCGAGGACGCGGGGAUCGUCGGGAAGGGGACGGUCGUCGUCGCGGACAACGUGCUGUAUCCGGGCGCGCCGGAUUUUCUGUCGUACGUCGACACGGCCGCGGGGCGGUACGACACGAAGUUGUACGACGCCGCGUUCGAGUACGAUCAAGUCUGGAAGAAAGAUUGGACGCCGCAGGCGGACGCGCUGUCGUACUCCGUGUGUCGCGGACCGGUCGAGGACGCGGAGGUAGUUUUAUAG